GGAGAGGCGGGGAGAAGAUAGGUAGAGAUUGGGCAUAUUACGUUGAUUCCUAGGGGCCUCGGAGCUGUCCCUUCUCUACCGCCAAAAUGAUGUUCACACGUGGAUUCUCCUUGACCAACUUCAUAAUCGGUACCUCAGCACUGAGUUUUCAAGUUUUCGUACUGUAUCCAUGGCAUCAAAAACUGGAUGACGAUUUCGAGGAGAUGAAAAGGGAGCAUUUGAAGGCCAUUCAUGCUAGCGAGAAGGCGCGAUUAGAGGGCAUGAAGGAAAUCAGGGAGGCGAUUGCGAAAUUGAAAUGAAAAGUGGUGAUGCUUUCUUG